AUGAUUCCUCCAUUCUCUUUUGCAUCGUGGGUAGCGGAGAAUGAGGACAAACUCCAUCCACCGGUCAACAAUUACUGUCUCUACUCUGGCGAGGACUUUACUCUGAUGGUUGUUGGGGGACCUAAUUCUCGGAAUGACUAUCAUGGGGUUUUCAUUAUGGUAGUCAACCAAACCGAAGAAUGGUUCUACCAAGUCAAAGGCGACAUGCUACUGCGUAUCGUUGAGAAUAAUACAACCUUUCGCGAUAUAUCUAUUAAAGAGGGCGAAAUGUUCUUACUUCCCGGAAACACGCCGCAUAACCCAGUCCGAUUCAGAGACACGAUCGGACUAGUUAUGGAACGCAAGCGACCAGAAGAUUCUUUAGACCGUCUACGGUGGUACUGCAGCAAGGGAAAGCAUAAAAAACCAACAAUUAUACGCGAAGAAAUUUUUCACUGUGCUGAUCUGGGUACGCAAUUGAAGCCAUUGAUUGAGAGAUGGCAGAUUGAUGAGGAGAGUCGGCGAUGUGGGGCCUGUGGAGCGAUCGCGGACCCGAAAUAG